CUCCAAAUAUAGCAGAGAGAAAGAAAGAGAAGACCCCUUCUUUCCCAACCAUCCAAUUUUCCAUUGAACCAACGCAUUGCACGCUCUUCCUUCUUUCAGAUUCAUUCUCCACUAAAUCUCUCUCUGUUCUCCUCUUUUCUCCUUCUCCUACACCCAAAUCUCUUGCCUCUUUGCUUCCCCCAAACUUCACUUACUUUCUCCCCUGCAUUCCAAUCUAACUCCUUACUUAACCUUCUUUUCUGCCUUCCUUUGACCUUGUUGAUCCAAGCACAGUGCCUAUAAUGCAAGGAGAAAAUUUUAUUAAUUCUGAAAGGGAAAUUAAGGUUAGUUUUGGCUAUCAGUGCAACAGCCCCAGAGGUAUUCCUUGUAGCGCUGCUAAUGGGCGUGAAAUCUGGUCAGGAAGUGAAAUGCCAAGGACCGGCAGUUUUUCUUGCUUGUCCGGUGCUGCCUUAAGUGCCAAUGCAACAUUGGCCAACACGAAUAUCUGUAAUGGUGUGAUCGGAGGUGAGAUUCUUCCUAGUUUGGAUUCCCCUAAAUCAUUUCGGAGGGUUCCCUCUUCCCCAUCUCUUCCAAGGUUGGAUAUAUUAUCAUCUUCGCUGCAAAGCAGUAUCUCAAACUUAAGUUGCAGUUCACCAAGUCCAGUUGAUUCACCUGAAACUGACUCAUUUUUACUGAAACCGAUGAGUGCUCCUUCUAGAACUGACAGUUUCCUUAAUGCUAUGGAAGUACAAAUGGCGGGUGGAGCCGCAGGUGAAGACAGGGUUCAAGCUGUCUGUUCUGAAGAGAACGGGUGGCUCUUUUGUGCAAUCUAUGAUGGUUUUAAUGGAAGGGAUGCAGCUGAUUUUCUUGCUGGCACAUUAUAUGAAACUAUAAUAUUUUACUUUACUUUACUAGACAGGGAAUCAAAGCAGAACGUCCCCACUGGAAAUGGAUGUUUUGAAUAUUUUCAUGAUGAUAGUUUGGUUGGUAAUAAGGCAAAACCCACUUCUAGGAUUGACGGCAAGAAUUAUGCAAGUGCUGAAAGCUUGAUGAAAAAAACUGCGGAUUGUAAAAUGGAAGUGCCGUGUGAUUCAUUUAGGCAUGGGGUGCUUGAUAGCCUCCAACAUGCUCUAAGUCAAGCCGAGAAUGAUUUCUUGUACAUGGUAGAACAGGAAAUGGAGGACCGCCCUGAUUUAGUUUCAAUAGGAUCUUGUGUUUUGGUUGUUUUCCUGCAUGGAAAUGAUAUGUAUACUCUCAAUUUAGGUGAUAGUCGAGCUGUAUUGGCAACAUAUGAUGAUGCCAAUGACAUGGGUAGGACUGAAAAGUUGAAAGCUAUUCAGCUUACCGAUAUUCACACUGUUGAUAAUGAAGUUGAAAGAACUAGACUCUUGCAUGAGCAUCCUGAUGACUCUAUGCCUGUAGUAGCUGGAAAAGUGAAAGGAAAAUUGAAGGUUACUCGUGCAUUUGGAGUAGGUUACUUGAAAAAGAAAAAAAUGAAUGAUGCAGUGAUGGGAAUUAUUCGAGUUCAUAACCUCAUUAGCCCCCCAUAUAUCUCCACCGAACCAUCACUGAAUGUGCACACAAUAUCAAGAUCGGAUCACUUUGUUAUAAUUGGUAGUGAUGGUUUAUUCGACUUCUUCAGCAAUGAUGAGGCCGUAAAGCUUGUUCUUUCUUAUAUCUCUAGCAACCCUUAUGGAGAUCCUGCAAAAUUUCUCUUGGAGCAGCUUGUAAUAAAAGCAGCGCAUUCUGCAGGUUUCAGUAAGGAAGAAUUGAUGAACAUUCCAGCUGGUAGGAGGAGGAAAUACCAUGAUGAUGUUACUGUUAUGGUGAUUAUUCUCGGAACGAAUCAUCGCACUUCUAAGGCAUCAACUUGUGUAUGAAUUUUAUGUCAAAGCAUUGCAACUUGUUAUAAUUUUCAAUUGUACAUAGCUUGAAUUCAGAUAAAUUUUCUGUUGGGGACAAAAUUUUGUAUUACUUGGAGUCAUGCAUUAGAGUGUUUGAUGUGAAUAAGUAGGUGAGUCUUUUCAUUUUUCUUUUAACAUUUCACAACUAGUUCUAAAGUAUCCUCUUCUAAGUUAUUGCUUAUGAAUAAUCAGAAGAUCUGCUAACUACUAGACAAAGUUCUUUUGUAAAUUACUUGCUUGUUGAUGCUCCCAUCAUCUUCUGAAUGUGAAUAACUCAAUUCUUACAA